GCAGCGACGAGUCAUGUGACUCGGACUACAGCGCGUGUAGAGCCGCAGCUCACCGGACGAGGAACUCAAGUUGACGCGAAGUACCUGGUGUCUGUCUGUCUGUCUUCUUCUGGACCAAAAAAAGAAGAAAAAAAAAAAAAACAAACAAACGGAAACAAAAACCACACAAACACACCGCGUCUGGAUUCGUAUCUGCAGGAUGACAUCAUCUUUGGCCUUCUGUGUCCUGGUCCUCUCUGCGACCACCUUAGCUUUGGACAAUGGUCUGAUGAGGAUGCCACCCAUGGGUUGGUUGGCAUGGGAGCGGUUCCGCUGUGACAUUGACUGUAAAAAUGACUCCAAGAAUUGCAUCAGUGAAAACCUCUUCAAGGAUAUGGCAGACCGGCUGUCAGAAGAUGGAUGGAGGGAACUGGGAUACAUUUAUGUCAACAUUGACGACUGCUGGUCUUCCAUGCAGCGGGACAGUCAGGGACGCUUGCAGGCUGAUCCAGACAGGUUUCCUGGAGGCAUCCAGAAUCUUGCCCGCUACAUGCAUGACCGGGGCCUAAAGCUGGGCAUUUAUGGAGAUCUGGGUACACACACCUGUGGGGGAUACCCUGGUACCACGCUGGACAAGAUUGAGACUGAUGCCAAGACCUUUGCUGAAUGGGGUGUGGACAUGCUCAAGUUGGAUGGAUGUUACUCCAAUGCAACAGAGCAAGAAAAGGGGUAUCCGCUCAUGUCACAGGCUCUGAAUGCCACGGGCCGUCCUAUUGGCUACUCUUGCAGUUGGCCUGCCUACCAGGGUGGGCUUCCUCCCAGCAUAAACUAUACAGUGCUUGGUCAGAUCUGUAACCUUUGGAGAAACUAUGGUGAUAUCCAAGAUUCAUGGGAUAGCGUGCUGAACAUCGUGGACUGGUUUAUGACCAAUCAGGAUGUUCUCCAGCCUGCUGCAGGCCCUGGCCGCUGGAAUGACCCCGAUAUGCUGAUCAUAGGAAACUUUGGGCUCAGCGUGGACCAGUCGCGUUCCCAGAUGGCUCUAUGGGCGAUCAUGGCGGCUCCUCUCUUCAUGUCUACUGACCUUCGCACCUUGAGCAGCGAGGCACGGGCCAUCCUGCAGAACAAAGCUGUCAUCAGUAUCAACCAAGACCCCCUGGGCAUCCAGGGAAGACGCCUCUUGAAGGAGAAGAGUGGUAUUGAGGUGUUCUGGCGGCCCCUGUUGCAGUCAGCCAGUGCUCUGGUGUUCUUCAGCCGCCGCACUGACAUGCCCUACCGUUACACCACUACCCUGGCCAGCCUCAACUACACAGCAGGCACCUACAAGGUGUAUGAUGUAUUCUCAGGGCAAGUGAUGAAAAAUUUGAGCGACACCACUGCUUUCACAGUGUCCAUUAAUCCAUCUGGAGUGGUCAUGUGGUACAUCAGUCCCUCAGAGAAUGAGAGCAGACAUCCUGAAGAGGAAGCAGGAGAGUACCCUCAUUUCCGCCGGAAGUACAGAGUGUCUUCAUUACGCCAGCACACUGAGAAUUUCCCGCCCCACAUUAUGCUCUGAAAGCCCUAGAGACUGACUGGGUUCUUAAUCAAUGUUUACGAUAAAACCUUCAAAAGUGACUCAGGUGCAAGGUAUUGCUUUCUUUAAUGAUUUUUGGGAAUUGUAAAUGAAAGAUGUAUGAUCUUUUUUUCAUAUUUUAUAUUUUUAAUACAUGCCAAUCUUUUUAAAGACUUGAUUUCUCUAAUUAACGUGCAGGAAAAGGAUGGCAGUGCCUCCAAUUUUACACAUGGUGAGUGAAUAUGUGCACAUUCUGCUGUGGCUAGUUUGGCAAGGUUUAGAGUAAUAGGAUAUUUUAUGUACUUUUUAGUCACAUCUAAAGUUGAAGAAAAAAAAUUUAAAGGAAUAAAAUGUGUCCAGAAGCUAUUAAAUAUUUUUUCCUCCCUUAGCUGAUAUUCUCCUACACUGAUUAAAACAUCUGCACUUACAUUACUCCAUUUAGCAGACACUUUUCUUCAAAGUGACUUCCACUGUACACUGUCUAGUGUUAUC